AUGGAAAAUUCAAUUUCAAUUCCUGUUCUGCCGGCAGAACUUGUUACUAAAAUCCUUUCGAGGCUUCCGGUGAAAUCCCUCUUGAAAUUCAAGUGUGCUUCAAAAUCAUGGCUUGCUUUGAUCUCUAGCCCUGAAUUUGUCAAAACUCAUCUCAGAUUAAAUGCUAAUAACAACGAAUACACCCGCCAUCAUAAGGUUAUGAUGUUUGAACGUAUAAUGAUGUUUGAACGUAUUGUGCCCAGCUUUCGAGAUUGUAGUGUUAGCUCUUUAUAUAAUAAUUCAUGUAUCGAGGCAAACGACUUGUAUUAUCACAGGCAAGUUCCACAUUGUGCUUAUACCGUAGGUUCUGUCAAUGGAUUGAUUUGUCUUGUUAGUCAGGAGAAGGAAUUGAUUCUAUGGAAUCCAUCCAUCAGAAAGUACAACAAGUUGCCUACUCCUAAAAUUAAAACUACGUUGGGGUAUUGCGUGUAUAGUUUUGGAUAUGAUGAGUUCCAUGAUGAUUAUAAGGUAGUCGUUCUAUGGAAUGAUAACUUGUCACGUCAAAUUGAGGUAAAAAAAUAUAGUCUAAAACGUGAUUCUUGGAGAUGGGUUGAUAAUUGUCCAAGUAUGGUGCCACUAACGCAGUCAGGUAACUUUGUGAAUGGGAAAAUUUAUUGGAUUACUAUUAUUCAUCCUAAUACACGAAGCAUCAUUUCUAUUGAUUUGGCUGACGGAAAAUGGGGAGAGAUGGAACUACCCUGUUAUUGGAAAGGAAGAAUAGGUGUGUUUUUGAGCUUCGGAGUCUUGGCAGUCUUGGGAAGUGAUCUUUUGAUCUGGUGUGGUUGUGUCGAAACUGAUAUGGUAGAUGUUUGGCUUAGGAAGGAGUAUGGGGUUAAAGAAUCUUGGAUGAAGAUGUUUACUAUCAAUAUUCCACGGGAUCCAUCAGUGUAUGGAUAUCUCGAACCAAUACGUUUAUACAUGGCAAGUGGAAGUGAAAUUUUGGUCGUGUUAGGAUCAAAAUUCAUGAUAUACAAUCUAAAGGGUGACCAGCUCAGAUCUUCAAAGGUUAUUAACUCCUAUAAUUGGGACGAGGAGGAAAUCUACAUUGAAAGCCUAAUUUGUCCUUUUUCUACGGUAGGGACUGAGGAUGCAACAAAAAUGGUUAUGAAAAGCUUAGGUUGCGAAACAAUGAAGUAA